ACUCGUUGGGCAGCUGUGACUGCAGAGCCCCGGAGAUGAAGACCCUGCUCCUGGCCACGGCCCUCGGCCUGAUCACCGCGCAGGCCCAGGACCCCCUGUCCUUCCCGGACCCCGAUAUUUCAGGGAAGUGGUACAUCAGUGCUUUCAUCUCAGAGACGGGCUCCCCAGUGGCCCAGGCGUCCCCCAUACUGUUCACAGUGCUGAGCAGUGGGGACGUGCGCACCUCCACUGUGUAUCGGAUCGACAAUCAGUGCCAUGAAGUGGAAGUCACCCUGGAGAAAACCGGCACACCCGGCAAAUACAGAGCCUUUGGAGGCAGGAGUUACGUGCAGGUAGAGGAGGCUCCCGUGCGGGACUACCUCAUGUUUUACUGCGAGGGACAGCAUGAGAGAAGAUUCAGAACAGCCAAGCUCGUGGGCAGACAUCCCGACGUGAACCCAGAAGCUCUGGAAGCAUUUAAGAAAUUCACCCAGCGCAAGGGUUUGCCAGAGAAGGACAUCCACAUGCCUGAGCAGAUGGAAAGAUGCGUUCCCACACCUUCCCACACGUGAUGAGGGGCAGGAGGCACAACCAUCCACUCCGGCAGCCCCGGGACA